CUAGCGGUCACCCUUCGAAACGUAAGCUAAAUUGGCCACACUUCUCUCUUUUGACUUAGACUUCAGCAAGAACUGCUGGGUUAACUAGUGAGAACCAUGGUGAACGGCCGCAUCCCCUCGGUCUUUUCGAAGACCUAUGUGACUCCCCGUCGCCCCUAUGAAAAGGCGCGUCUGGACCAGGAGCUGAAAAUCAUCGGCGAGUAUGGUCUUCGCAACAAGCGUGAGGUGUGGCGCGUCAAGUACGCCCUGGCUAAAAUCCGUAAGGCUGCUCGUGAGCUGCUGACCCUUGACGAGAAGGAUGAGAAGCGUCUAUUCCAAGGUAACGCGCUGCUUCGUCGCUUGGUCCGCAUCGGCGUCUUGGACGAGUCCCGCAUGAAGCUCGAUUACGUGCUGGGCCUUAAAAUUGAGGACUUCUUGGAGCGCCGUCUGCAGACCCAGGUGUUUAAGCUAGGAUUGGCCAAGUCAAUCCAUCAUGCUCGUGUGUUGAUCCGCCAGCGUCACAUUCGUGUGCGCAAGCAGGUGGUUAAUAUUCCAUCGUUCGUGGUGCGCUUGGACUCGCAGAAGCACAUUGACUUCUCCCUGAAGUCGCCCUUCGGCGGCGGCCGCCCUGGCCGCGUUAAGAGGAAGAACCUGAAGAAGAACCAGGGAGGUAGCGGUGCUGCUGCCGAAGAGGAGGAAGAUUAAGCAGUCGUAACCAGCUGCAGCCGGAUAACCAAAAGGCUCAGUGGUCUUCGGAAACUGUAUUUAUCUGUUUUACACGCAAAUAAACAAAACAAAACAUCUUAA